CCAGGAACUGUGUGGGAGGAAGACGGGGGUGGAGAGCGGCUCCCGGUUAGUCGCUCGCAGCCGCGGGGAGGGUGAGCUGGUGUGUGCGGCAAAGAGCGGAGACUCGCGCCCCGACGCGCUGCCCGCCGGCCGCAGAGGAGCCCCCUCCAUCCCCGGGCCUGGGUGGGGGCGGGGCCCCUCGCCCGGCGGCCCCUCCCAGCCCCUCCCUCCUGCCGCCGGCCUCCAGGGCCCGGCUGGCCCUCCCGCGGGCAGGCGGCAUUCGGGCACUACCGCGCUAGGGGCCAGCAGCCACCAGCCCGUCCGCCAGCUGGGGCCAUGGGCUGCGACGGCCGCUUGUCGGGGCUGCUCCGCCGCAACCUGCAGCCCACGCUCACCUAUUGGAGCGUCUUCUUCAGCUUCGGCCUGUGCAUCGCCUUCCUGGGGCCCACGCUGCUGGACCUGCGCUGCCAGACACACAGCUCGCUGUCCCAGAUCUCCUGGGUCUUCUUCUCCCAGCAACUCUGCCUCCUGCUGGGCAGCGCCAUCGGGGGCGUCUUCAAGAGGACCCUGGCCCAGUCGUUGUGGGCCCUCUUCACCUCUUCUCUGGCCAUCUCCCUGGUGUUCGCCGUCAUCCCCCUCUGCAGUGACGUGAAGGUGCUGGCCUCCGUCAUGGCACUGGCGGGCCUGGCCAUGGGCUGUAUCGACACAGUGGCCAACAUGCAGCUGGUGAGGAUCUACCAGAGGGACUCGGCCAUCUUCCUCCAGGUUCUCCAUUUCUUUGUGGGCUUUGGGGCUCUGCUGAGUCCCCUGAUUGCUGACCCCUUCCUGUCUGAGACUGACUGCUUGCCUGCCAAUAGCACAGCCAACGCCACCUCCGGCAGCCACCUCUUCCACGCCUCCAGGGUCUUGGGCCAGCACCACACUACAGCCCAGACUUGGUCCAACCAGACACUGCCCGGGGUGUCGCCGCAGAAUGGGGCAGGGACCCGCGUGUCCUACGCCUUCUGGAUCAUGGCCCUGAUCAAUCUCCCAGUGCCCAUGGCUGUGCUGUAUCUGCUGUCCAAAGAGCGGCUGCUGACCUGCUGCCCUCAGAGGAGGCCCCUGCUCCUGUCUGCAGAUGAGCUCGCCCUGGAGACACAGCCUUCUGAGAAGGAAGACGCUUCCUCGCUGCCCCCAAAUAUUCAGCCACACCCAGCCCCUGAGGACCUAUUCAGUUGCUGCCAAAGAAAGAACUUCCAAGGAGCCCCUUAUUCCUUCUUCGCCAUCCACAUCACAGCAGCCCUGGUCCUGUUCAUGACUGAUGGGAUGACGGGAGCAUACUCCACCUUUGUGUACAGCUAUGCCGUGGAGAAGCCGCUGUCUGUGGGACACAAGGUGGCCGGUUACCUCCCCAGCCUCUUCUGGGGUUUCAUCACCCUGGGUCAGCUUAUCUCCAUUCCCGUCUCCUCCAAAGUGAACCCAGCGACCAUGGUUUUCAUCAAUGUGGUCGGCGUGGUGGUGACGUACUUGGUGCUUCUUAUUUUCUCCUACAAUGUCAUCUUCCUGUUCGUGGGGACAGCCAGUCUGGGCCUUUUCCUCAGUAGCACCUUCCCCAGCAUGCUUGCUUACACUGAGGACACCCUGCAGUACAAAGGCUGCGCGACCACAGUGCUGGUGACAGGGGCAGGACUUGGCGAGAUGUCCCUCCAGAUGCUGGUUGGUUGGAUAUUCCAGGCUCAGGGCAGCUACAGUUUCCUGGUCUGUGGCGUGAUCUUUGGUUGCUUGGCUUUUACCUUCUACAUCUUGCUCCUGUUUUUCCACAGGAUGCACCAUGGACGCUCAUCAGAGCCUAUCCAGGACAAACCACUUGGAAUGGAAAGCUCGGAGCGCUACCAGAGGUAAAGCUGGGUGAAGGAGGCAGGCGAAGACAUCCAGCCUCAUGAGCACCGGCAGAGGCCAACAUGUGGAAGAAAGCUGGGGUGGCCGUGGAGGCAAUCUCGCCACGCUUUGGUUCAAGUCUUCCCCACUAAAUACUUGUGUAGAAGAAAUUAAAUUGAGUUCUGGUAUGUGGGUCCUCCAUGGGCAAAUCAUUA